CGGGGAGCGCGCGGCCGCCUCCCCCUCCCCCUCCCCCUCUUUCUUCUCCUCCCUCGCCGCCGCCGCCGCCGCCGCCUCAGCUUUUGCCUCAGCCGCCGCCCGCUCCCGCCCGCGCGCGGCGGGAUGGACGAUCAAUCCAGGAUGCUGCAGACUCUGGCCGGGGUGAACCUGGCCGGCCACUCGGUGCAGGGGGGCAUGGCCCUGCCGCCUCCCCCGCACGGCCACGAAGGGGCGGACGGCGACGGCAGGAAGCAGGACAUCGGCGACAUCCUCCACCAGAUCAUGACCAUCACCGACCAGAGCUUGGACGAGGCGCAAGCAAAGAAACACGCCCUGAACUGUCACAGAAUGAAACCAGCGCUCUUCAGCGUCCUGUGUGAGAUCAAAGAGAAAACAGGUCUCAGCAUCAGAGGAGCCCAGGAGGAGGACCCUCCCGAUCCCCAGCUAAUGAGACUGGACAAUAUGCUUUUGGCAGAAGGGGUUUCAGGUCCUGAGAAAGGUGGGGGAUCGGCGGCAGCAGCUGCAGCCGCGGCAGCCUCUGGAGGUUCUUCAGAUAACUCUAUUGAACACUCAGAUUACAGAGCCAAAUUGACCCAGAUCAGACAAAUCUAUCACACAGAACUGGAGAAAUAUGAACAGGCAUGUAAUGAAUUUACUACACAUGUGAUGAACCUUCUCCGAGAACAGAGUAGAACACGUCCCAUUUCUCCAAAAGAGAUUGAAAGAAUGGUGGGCAUCAUCCAUCGAAAAUUUAGUUCCAUUCAGAUGCAGCUCAAACAAAGCACUUGUGAAGCAGUUAUGAUUUUAAGAUCAAGGUUCCUUGAUGCCAGACGGAAAAGGCGUAACUUCAGUAAACAGGCCACAGAAAUCUUGAAUGAAUAUUUUUACUCACACCUCAGCAACCCCUACCCCAGUGAAGAAGCCAAAGAGGAGCUGGCCAAGAAAUGCAGCAUCACAGUGUCACAGAGUCUUGUAAAGGAUCCAAAAGAAAGAGGGAACAAAGGUUCUGACAUCCAGCAAACUAGCGUGGGAUUAGAUUUACGUGAAACUUGUCAAGACAAAAAGUCUGGCCCAUCGUUAUUUGGAGUGCUCUGUGCAUUCAUUCUGGGAUCCGGCUAUGUUGCCUGGGAGAUGGCUUCACCUUUCAGUGUAGCUGAUGGGAGGCAUUUCCACAGUUGGGAUGUCAGUGUUUCAAAAUCUGUCAAAGAGGCUUUCCAUAGAGCCUAGGGAAGGAAAACUAUUGAGUCGUAUACCUACCACAUUUUUUUUUCUAAUGAGAAAAAUAAUUUUAAAGGAAAAAAACCUCUUAACUAUAAACAUUGUCUGUGGUAAUUUAGAGGCACCCCUCAGCACGUGUUUUAGGGAGUUGAACAGCGUCAUCCUUUUUCUAUGUACUGUGGCCGCAAGGCUGACGUUUUAUACACUUUUGCAGAUGAGCCUCUUUGUGAAUGUCAUGAGCAGUUAUCAGUCUAUCAUGCAGAGUAGAAAGGGCAGAGCUGAACUGUAAGGGUGUCAGCACAUUAUGGCAAUAAAAUUUUUCACAGCCUCAAAUAAAAAAAAUACUGUACUUGACAAGUGAAUCUGUUUUAAAUUAUUUCAAAUGCUAUGGAAACUGAAUUUCUAUUUGUUCAUUUCUCCCAUUAAAAGUGGGAUGUUUUCCAAAAGUUGGUUUUCAAGUCAGUUGUUACAAAUUUGCAACUUCUUUUUUUUUGAAACAGAGUCUUGCUCUGUUGCCCAGGCUGGAGGUGCAGUGGCCUGAUUUCGGCUCACUGCAACCUCCACCUCCCAGGUUCUCCCACAGUUCUCCUGCCUCAGCCUCCUGAGUAGCUGGGACUGCAGGUGUACACCACCAUGCCUGGCUAAUUUUUUUAUUUUUAGUAGAGACAGGGGUUUCACCAUGUUGGCCAGGCUGGUCUCGAACUCCUGACCUCAGGUGAUCCACCCACUUCUGCUUCCCAAAGUGUUGGGAUUACAGGCGUGAGCCACUGUACCUGGCCAAAUUUGCAACUUGUUUCCUUAGAAGAGAAAAAAAUUGUGUGGAUUCUUGGGCUAGCCCACAUUUUAACCAUGAAGAAGCUGAAAUAUUUUGCAUUGAAAAGGUAGAAUAUAAGUUUGUAGACCUCACCAUUUAAUACAAUGAAAAAGAAACUGAGUAAAGAAUAAUUUUUGAAACUUGUUUUAAGUAUUGAGAGAAAACAAGUUUUAUCAGGUAAGACAUAAUGAAACGGGCAUUGUAACCUUAGGCAAGUUACAUAAACUUUCUGACCUCAGUUUUUGCUUCAGUAGAAUUGGGUUUUUGUAACAGUUAAAUGAGAUAAUACAUGCAAAGUUCCUAGUACAGAGCUGGUUCAUAAUGAGCUCUUUGCAAAUGGCCACUGUUUAAAUACAGGCACAAGUAGCAUUGGAAUUCAGGUUUCCUGCAAAUUCUAGGUCCAGUGCAUUGUCCUGCUUAGUUGGGGCAGGGAUGAGAAGGGAUACAGGUAGUGCUGUCAGGUACUUGUGCAGAACAAGAGCCCAGCAGGAGUGUGGCAGAUGGGAGCUCUUGGUCUUCUGUGGUAGGAAUUUUAUUCUGUUCAGGUAUGCAGGAGUUCACCUCCUUUUCCUUUCUUGCUGCUGCCUGUUCCCUCUUGCCAGUGUCUCACCAGCACUGGGAGCAGGGACCAGCUUGCCCAGAACUUGAAGCUCCUGGGAAAAGGGGUCCUGACCUUAGGCACUGUAGGAAGCAAGCAUGGUGUGUAUGCCAUUGGCCUUCAGAGGGUUUUGUUGUUGCUGAUUUGUUUUAAGAAAAGGGAAAACUAACAUUUACUGAGUGCCUGGUACAUCCCUGGCACAGUCCUAUGUAUUUAACAUGCCAUCUCAUUUAAUGUUCACAACAGCCCCAUGAGGAGGAGGUAUCAUUAUCCCACCUUGUAGACCAGGAAAGGAGAACCUUAGAUGGCAUGACUUGUGUAAGGUAACAUUGGCAGGAAAUUGCAGAGCCGAGAUUUACACACAGGUCCGUUUGGCUCUCAAACCCAUUUAUCCAGCUGUCCUCCGAGUUCUUAGAGGAAUGCACACAAUGUGUGUAUCCAGCGUGCCCAGCCUUUCUGUCCUUAUAGAAACUGUAUCAAACCCGUACCUUCUGGAGGGAGAGGACUGGUGUGAAAUUUAGAAUUUAUUAACACCAUUAACUUUAAAAAUUGAACAGUAUCUGGCUUCCAUCCCUCAUUUCAAAUUGAAUCACAUAAUGGGGAUGAAAACAUUGAUUAGGGAGAAACUGUUAGAGGUAAAAUUGUUUACCAUGUAAAUAUGCUGCCAUGUUCCAUUAUACAUGACUUAGCAUUUCAACAUUUCAUAAUCUGUUACAUUUAAUUAGGCACAGUACAUAAAGUAUGCAUCACAAGUAAACAUGGGGAAACACAAUGGCAAAUUUUUCUAAGAUUUGUGCUUCAUAAAUUUUCAGUUUGUUAAUUUCAAUAAUGAUGUUUUAGUGUCAGCUGCUUCUUUCCAAACAAGUGCAGAUCCUCUCCCUGACGCAGUUUAUGCAUGGAAGCAACGCCAAGGAUGAACUACAAAGUUCUGCACUUCUGCCUCUUGCAGGCGGCCUUUAAGUAAUAAUUUUUCUCUUUUAUUUAAUGUUGUUAUUAACAUGAUCAAUAAAUGUAGUGACAAAAUUUGAAACAUAAGAUACAAUUAAAGCUAAUUAAUAAACUGGCUUUCAGUGACUGUAGAGACAUUACAGAUGGUUUAGCUUUUUAUUUUGAACAUGGAAUUUUUCUUAAAUGCAGAGCUGCUUGGGAAAUUUCAGUGGCUUGAGAUUUACAAAGUGUUUGAUUUUAAUUAUUUUAAGAAUUCUCAAACCUGUCAACCAUGCCCUUCAGAUAGAGUACAGCAAUGGGAUUGGUCACUCGUAUAGCUCUGGGUCCCAGCACAAGGCCUGACACUUAAACUCAUAAAGAUUGUUAAGUGACUUUCCAGUGCUUUUUCUGUUGUUUUUAAUUUAUUCAUUAAAUUGUAUAUUUUCCUAAUUUAAAAAAUCCUAAUGUUUGCUGAUCUGAAAACAAUUUGGAUGAUACCUGAAAACACAAGAAACACAAAAACAGAAAUUACUUCUAAACCCCACUGUACAUGAUAGUCACAUGUUAGUACAUUUUUCCUGUGCUUGUGUAUAUACCUACAUCUAUGUAUGUCGGUGUUUAUUUUUACCAAAAAAAAAAAAAAAAAAGACUCAUGAUGUAUGAAAAGAAAAAAAUGCCCUUUCUUCCUUUUUUAUAGUAUAUAAUGAAUAUUUUCCCCUUGAUUUGUCAAUGAAUAUUUCCCCUCAACAUGAUCUUUAAUAAAUGAUCAUAUUCCAUUAUACAAAGAUGUGCUAUAAAUUUAAUCUCUCUCUCUUUCUAUUAAUAAGUAGGACUAAGGGGCCAGGCAUGGUGGGGCAGUAGGACUGAGGGGCCAGCACUUUGGGAGAUAGGUGGAUCACUUCAGCUCAGGAGUUCAAGAAUACCCUGGGCAAUAUAGCAAAACCCUGUUUCUACAAAAUACAUAAAAAUUAGCCGGCUGUAGUGAUGGGCACCUGUAGUCGCAGCUACUCAGGAGGCUGAGGUGGGAGGAUCUCUUGAGCCUGGGAGGUUGAGGCUGCAGUGAGCUGUGAUUGUGCCACUGCACUUCAGCCUGCGCAACAGAGUGAGACCCUGUCUCAAAAAAAAAAAAAAAGUAGGACUGUAGUGGAUAUAUUUGUACAUUUAUCUGUAAAUAUUUUCUCAAGAUAAGUUUUAGUAAUCUGGGCAAAGGGUAUGCUAAUGUUUGCUGGCUUACUUUCCAGAAAGGUUAUGCUAAAUAAUAAGUAAACUGUAUCUACCCCCCUUAGGUUUAUUUCUUUAAUCUGAACUCAAAAGAUCCUAUAGCUGACAGAUUUGUUGUCUGUGUAGCUAUAAAAGGUCAUUGUGACACAUGGAAGUUGUUACCCGAAUGAGUCCUGUUUUUAGCCCAAAAAAAGUCUUUACGCAUACCCAGUAUGAGAGGUUCCGAUGCUGUGCUCACAUAGAGAAGUUAAAAUGUAAUCGGAGUUAGCCUGAUCACUUGAGGCAGCACUCUGCAAACUUGGGGGGACGCAUACUCUACAGAGGAGCUGAAGGUUUUCCAAAGAGGACUCAGGUAUGCACGGUUUCAAGGUUUUCACUGGCCAGCUUUCCUUACGUAUAUGUGUACUCCUUCCUAAAAUCCACCUGCCCCAGAAAGUGGCUGUGAUGAAAGCAUUGUGUUGGUUUUCUUUUCCCUUCCUGCCCUUUUCUCACUUUAUGAAAGAAAGGGAUACUCCCACCUGGUUCAUUGCCCCGAAGUAUGAGACCCUCUUGGGUGCCCAACAAGAGACAUGAUGAAAUAUUGGUGAUAACCAAACCUCCUUUAAUCAGCACUGUACAACCACCCCACUCCCAAUUAAGAAACGCAUGUAUGAUGAAACCUACAUUUGAUGGUCAAAAUAAGUAUAUUUUUAUUUAUCAAAAUAAGUAUUUGUAUUGCUUUGAUUAGUUUUAAACUAACUAUAAUGAUAGUUUAGUCCAGAAGGAAAUAUUAAACAUGUAGAGCCUUAUAAUUACAGGAAAUAAAAACAAUUUCAAAUUUUAAAUUUCCAUAUAUUCCUUUUGUAGAGCAUAAAAGUAUAUUGCAUUAGGAUAAUAUGGGAGAGAAACGAACUAGAAAUACACUUUCAAGAACAAAAAGAAGAACAUAAAAUUUUAGACUUGAAGAGCAAGUUUAUGUUUUUUUGUUUGUUUGUUUUGAGACAUAGUCUCACUCUGUUGACAGGCUGGAGUGCAGUGGCGCGAUCUUGGCUCACUGCAGUCUCCGCCUCCCGGGUUCAAGUGAUUCCCCUGCCCCAGCCUCCUGAGUAGCUGGGACUACAGGCGUGCACCACCACGCCCGGCUAAUUUUUUGUAUUUUAGUAGAGACAAGGUUUCACCAUAUUGGCCAGAAUGGUCUCAAUCUCCUGACCUCGUGAUCCACCUGCCUUGGCCUCCCAAAGUGCUGGGAUUACAGGGGUGAGCCACCAUGCCUGGCCUAUGUAUUUUUUAAAUGGAUAAUGGGUAUCAAACUGCUGUGCUAUUUAUAUUCGGUUGGAUACAUUUUAAAGAAUAGUGUUACAGUUUUAUUUUAAGAUGUCAACAUUUAUGACAUACUGGAAUAACACUGUUUACAACUAUGUAGAGUUAUGAAAAAUUGUAGAUGCCAACUUAGAAAAUGUGCAAGGAAGGAAAAAUGUGUGAGAGGGUCCAUGAUUUUUUAAAAUUAAUUUAGGGGGAAUUUUGCACAGCAAAAAUGUGCAGACCAAUGACCCUGGACAGGCACAUGGAUGGGAGGGCAACCUCACUGGAACCCUUUCUGAACUCCACUGCUACAGAUCUCAGGCUCCGUUUCAGCUGUCUCCUGCACUCAGCAGUAACACCUGGGGAGAACCUGCGCGCCCCUCUUCAGGCUUUCCCUUGCCCAGAGCUUCUCCCCCUUCCUCUUCCUCAGCCAGAACCCACCAGCCCUUCAGGUGCUUUGCUCCUACUCCUCCGCAGGUACCAAUGCCUUCUCCAUCUCACUGUCCGCUCCUUCCCCGACAGAAAUGUUCUCUCAGAUGCUACCUCUUGUAGAAAUGCUUCUUGAUUUUUCCUCUCCUUUUUCUGUAGAAUGGGUUUCUCUUCCUUCUGUCACUAUAAAAAGGGGGUUUAGAGGUUAAGAAGGGAAAAGGGAAUUAAGUUACAGAAGAGAUCAAAAGUUUCUGGGAUCUCGGAGUGGUCCAGGGAGAGGGAGGCAGGCUUGCAUUUUUGGCUUAUUUGUGGCCACACGAGCUAUUGGAGUUUUCUGCUUCUGAAUUGUGGAGUUUCAUUAAAAGCACUAUGGAAUUGAAUUGGAUUGAAAUGGAGGUCCCGUUCAAGUUUGACCUUGCCUCAGAAGCAUCCUCUGAUUUCUCAGACCUGCUGGGAUGUCUCUUCCUCCAAAUCCCUGUUGCUUUUAGAGUCUGCACUGUACGGUUCAGCAUGACAUCAUCACUGUCCUGCAAGUUUUGCUAAUUAUUUUGAGUGGAUAGCAUUGCUUUUAUAACCAGAUUGUAAAGUCCAGGCAGGUAGGGGCCAUGUGUUUAUUUUUUCAUCUCCCCACAGCACCUGGUACAGUAUUGACUGUAGCAGAUGCUCGGUAAGCAUUUCGCAGUUGGUUAUUUAAAAAAGAAAAGCUGACGGGGCAUCCUGGGGCUGAAUUCUAGAUCCAUCCCACUUUGCAUCCCACUUUGGGCAACUUGUCUGUGGCCUGGAUCUCUCGUUUCUUCCUUGAUAAAACAUGAGUGAUAGUAAUAGCUAAUAGUUACCAGGUAAAUGGUAUGUGCCAAAGCCAUUAAUGCACCCAACAGUUCUGUGAGGAAGAUACUACUAUUUAUAUUGUUAUUCUCAUUUUAUAGGAAAGGAAACACUAAAAUAACUAAAACAAUCUGUCCAAAGUCACUCAGCUUAGUAAAUAGCAGAGUGUGGAUUUGAAACCGGAUUCUGAGUCCAAAGCACGUAACCAUUAUGUGAUACUUUCCACAUCUGACUCAACUCCCUCCAAGUCAGAGGUUCUAAGUGAGAUAAUGAGUAAAAGCUUUUUGAAGAAGGUAAAAAAGCUAUGUAAAAGGUGAAUCUAGUUAUUGUAUUAUGUGGAAAGCAUUUUUACUUUUCAAAGCAAUUGGCAAUCUAUAGCUGAAUUGCGUGGGGGAAAUACAUGGUUGUAGUGUAUGCGAGAGACCAGAGCCCUUUCUGGCUGCUCCUUGGCCUUGCAGAACAGUUCCGGAAAAUCAGCGAACUGCAUAAUGUGCACUACUCAUUCCCCUAAUCACCAGAGGCUCGGUCUGGGGGCUGAUAACAAUGAACAUCAGUAGAAGAGGGAGAGUACUUGUGCUUUUAUUCUCAUUUUUAAUUGAUCUUAAAAUUCUUCCAUGGCCCUUUGCCUUGGGCACAAUCCAGAGUCAUGAAUCCUUGAUACGCGGCUCAACAGAGAGGCACAGGACAGCGUAGUCCCUUUCCCUUCACCAGUUUCCUGCCUGCAUUUCUAUUCUGGGACCACUGUACAGACCAUUCCAGUUCAGAGAUGGAGCAAGCUCUGCUCGCCUUCAUGCACUGCGCAUACAGCCUGGCCCCACUGUGAGCUCUGUGCAAGAGGGGCCCCAUGACCUGCAGCAGCCUUUGAGGCUUCCUACUGAGUGAGCUUAGGGCUUCUUUUGCAACUAAUUAUAUCCAUCUGUUUUUAAAAGGUGAAAAAAAAAAUCCUGAAUUUAGGUGUCGAUUGAUACAUUAAUUACCCCAUCUCAGUUGCAGCAGUGUGGUCUUAAUAGCUGAUUGCUGCAAUACCCAAAUCUGUAAUAUCAGAAUGUGACGUGCAUAUUUUAAUUUGAGAAAUAGUUUAACAUUUUUAGAUAUUCAUUUAGAUGUGGUUAUGCAGGUUAAACAUAACGUAUGAUCACUGCUUCUUUCAUUGCUUCCAAUUAAACCUUGCUUGUUAGUUUAACCUCUAGGUAAUCCCAUCAAACAAUUGAUGUCAAGGAAACAGUGCCCACAGUAGCUUCGGAUGAGUGGCCAUUAAUUUUAAUUGCCUUGAUAUUAAAGAUUAAGAAGUAUUGGGACUAGCAGAAUAAAAACGAUCUGAUGUCAAGCAAAUCCACUUGCUAAAGCUUCCCCAGGCUGCUGGUGAUAUUAAAAUUUUACUGUGAGAAUUAAAUAAACCUUUAUUAGUGAUGACUGUUGUUUGAUUGGUCCAGGGGUAUGCAUAAACAGAGGAUUCUUACAUAUCUAGAGAUGAGACCUUCGAUGGUACAGAGAUUCCUCAAUUAUGAAACUGUUAAUAAAGCUGUAAUCUGAUUUUCCAGGCUAGGUUUCAUUAAUGUAUUAUAGCUUCUCUGAUUGUCAAGGUAAUAUUAACUACAAAGUACUGAAUCCAACAGAGAAUUGUUUGGAAGAAGAGAAUUCUAAGAUGGGCCUUUGUUGCUAAAUUCAGAGUUGGGGAAUUUUCAUUAAUUAUGCUUAAGAAAUACCAAAUUCCCUCUCAACCAAGACUAUCCUCCUUUGCACUAUAGAUAUGUUCAAUAUUUAACCCUUUCUAAGGCCUGACAGUCUUAGUCAGAAAAGCUAGAGUGAUAAUUAUGUAUUAAAAGAGCUUUUUGCGAGCCAACUCUAGGUCUGUCUCCUGAGCUGAGAGCAUCUAUUGGGAAACAUGAGGUAAGGUCAAAGAGAACAUGCUUUAACAAGUGUAAUCAGAAUCCAUACCUUUAUAGUCCUUUUCCAAUCUUGAUUUAGAACUUUUCUGUUUUUAGAAUCACAUAAUUCUGGUAUGGAUUCUAAUGGUCACUGAGGCUGAUUUGUCCUGGUGCAGAAAUUCCUCCCAAGUAUCUGUCUCCAUCCUGCUCAAGGCCUGGGCACCACACCUGCAUCGUCUCUGGCUUGUCCCUCUCCACUGACCUCCAGAGCUAGUCAGUGGCCAGAUUCUGUCUGUUCUACCUCCAUAAUAUGUGCCUCUCCACUCCUACUGCUUUGCCUGGCUCAGGCCCUCAUGGCUUCCUCGCUUAUAUACUCUCCUAACUUCUUCCUAUUGCCACAUCCUAUGCAGUUAUAAUGCACACCUGCUGUGAGCAUAUGGGGCUCAAGGAAGGGAGGGCCAAGAAGGCUAAUAGUAGGAUGGAGAGGUCCCUUGGGGCUGAGCUUGAAGGCCUAAUGUUGUGAUAGUCUAGAUGUUGGAAGUAGGACCAAUGCGUGGAAAGGAAAGGGAACCAGAUUGUAGUUCGGAAUAAAGAGAACUAUAUACCCAUUAGGACUGUCCAGCAAUGGAGGCGGGGAUUUUGUGAGGUAGUGAGUACCACAUCUCUGGAGAUGGAGAGAUCAGGACCACAAAGAAAAUAUAGAGGAGGUGGCACAGGCUUAGAGGACACCGGACUUCCUCUUAGACCUAUUGAAUUGGAAGUUGUGGCAGAACAUUUAUAUGGAAAUCUCUUUAAAAAUGAGAACUCACUAUAAAUCUGGGAGUCAUCCACACAGAGAGGAUAAUUGAAAUUUUGAAUAUGGAUAAGGUUGCUUUAGGUGCAAGAGAGAAGAGGGCCAAGAGCUGAGUCCUGGAGAAAACUCACUCUCUUCCUCUCUCUCUCUGUCUGUCUCUCUUAUGUAUCAGGGAAGAGCAGAUGUUGGAGGAGAAGGAGUAUAAUGUCACAUACACCAUGUAAGAGCCUGCUCUAGGCAAGAGGGGUGGUAAUUACAAGUAUCAGACACUGCUGAGAGGUCAAACUAGUCAGAGAGACAAGGCCAUUGGAUUUGGGACUGGUGUCAUGCCAGUAUAACCACUCCCAUCUACCACCUAGCCCUUGAAAUUGUUCACAUUAAAAUGAGAAAAUGUCUGCAAGGUGCUCUGCAUAAUGGUCAUUCACCAAAUGAUAGUUAUUAGAGCUACUCUAUUUGAUAUGAAGAAAAGAAGGGAUACAUACAGUCUUCUGGGGGAAAAAAUGAUGGUAGAACAGAAACAGCUAGGAAGUGCUGAUCUGUAGCACAUUUACUUCCUGAUGGGCUUUGGCUUGUUUCUGUCUGACGAACCUAUGCUCAUGGUUGCUGCAUGGGUCCUCAGCAAGUAUGCCUGCAUGUGUAUAUGUGCACAUGUGUGCACCCCAUGAUCCCCAGGAUGGGCAGCAUAUGGGCAGCAGCAAGGCCAAUGUUGUCUUCCUCACAUGGCUCCCUUGCCAGGGCUCUCUGCUCCUUCCAGAAGGAUGAGUGCCAUAGGUUGAAGAAUGGGAAUUCUAUUUCCAAAGCAAUUAAAGACUUGGCAGAGAUGGUCAAAAGGGGUGCCCACAGUGUAAAUUGGAUUGGAAGACUUCAAACUACAUACUACUCCUUAUGUCUCUUCAGGGCCCCUAUGAAUAGCUGUUAAGAAUAAUACCUUAAGGGUAGAACAGUGACCCCACCCAGCCUGAUAGCACAGCAAUAUGCCCCUUUGACAGAUUAUUAAGAAAUUAUUGAAAAGUAUUUUUAAACUGUUACUUUAAUAAAAGAGAGGUCAGAUCCUUUUAUAUAGUGAGUGAGUAUACUUUCUUAUAAAUUGCCAUGUGGCUUUUAGCUUCUUUAUAUAGCUCAAUUACAGGUGCCUGAACACAUUGUAACUCUGAGCCAUGAUUCUGGGGCUGAGCUCUGCUCUCCUUGAAGUGUGAUGAAAUCUGCCUAUUGCCAAGAUCCUUUGUAGAAAUCUCUCUUCCAUUUGCACCGGCUGACAUCAUAAGUUUGCAAAAGAAAGAAAUAUAUUCCACCUGAUGACAUUAGAGUUGCUCCUCUGUGUUUGCUUUUGACCUGGUUGGAAUUACUUGAGUUUUCAAGUUGUGACCUUCCCACAUGUUAACUGGCAGAGCUUGAGCAGCCAUCUUGGCAGACAUGCAGUAUUUUCUAAGGCAAAAGACAAAGGGUUUUUUCAUCCAUUAUUAAUUGAUGUUACUCUUUUCAGCAGACCAAACAUGAUUCUACUAUACAGCUGCCAAAAUUGUUCUAGACCCAAAAAAGAAGAAGAAGUCAUUCAUGUUCAAGUAUUUCUUAUUAUUUACCUAACUUAGCAAAUAUUUCCUUCAGCUUUUCAGCCUGAUUUUGGGGGCCUGACUAUAUACUAAUCGGUAUAUAGCAGUUGGAUAUCUUUUAUGAGCAGUGCUCCCUGCCAUUUUGGUAUUACUGUGGCCAACUCUAAGAAAGCAGCGUUAUUCCAAAAGAAUGUGAGAGUUUUGCCAAAAGAGAAAAUAACCCCCAAAACCAUUAUGCAUGAUCCGUAGGAUGUGAGGUUGCAGGCUAGGAAUUGUGUGUCUCCCAAGGUAUUGCCUUGGUGUCCAGCAGGUAUUAUUGGAAUUUGAUUACUUUUUCCUCUCUUCCCCUUCACCUCCAUGUCUCUGCAAU